CUCCGCCGGGGGCUACCUUCCACGCCGGUGCACCGAGCCCGCAUCGGGCCAAGACCUGCGGGAGCGGAAGGGAGCCCCCUCUGUGAAGGUGCUCGGGGUGGCAGGGAUGGAGCCCACGGCAUGCUGCCAACACUCUCCUUGACCCCCGUGAGAGCGAAGCUGGCGAGGAACAAGCGCUCCCUUUGUCGUGCCUCUUCUGAACCGCCAUUCAGCCAGGGAAACAAUGCUUUGACUGUGCUGGGUUUGCUUUGUACCUUCUUCCCUGCCACGCGAUGCUCACGCACCAGAACCCGGGGGUCCGUGGGAGGGGAUGCAGGCAGGGGGGCCAAGCCGGGCAGGACGCUGCACGCUGCUGUCAAUGCUCAGAAACUCUCAAUGACCACAUCUGAGGGCAGAGAAAUCAGGGUAACGUGCGCUGAGCUGCUUUGCCGGAGAGAAUUACGUCCAGCGUUUGUCAGUGUGAUUCGUCAUCCGAGGAUCCCCGUGGAUCUACUGCAGCUCCUGGCGUCUCGGAUGUCAGCCGCGGCACGGAAAAUCCUCUUUCAUCGCUCGUGUCCCGUUCCAGAUGAAAACUCAUUAAAGGCAGCCGCUUCCACCACCCUCUGCUAUUGCCGGGGCACUCGCCUGUCAGUUGCAUCCCAUUACUGCAGACACAGGCCUCACCUGCCUGUGCCUGGCUGCCCGUCGCCGAUGGCAGCGGUACCUGCUACAUCUCUGUGUGCCACCUGCACCGGGAGAUGGCCCUGACCGACCAUGAAUCCCAAAUCCUUUCCCUGCUGUCGCACCGGGAUAUUGCCAUCCAUUUGGAUGUCCAGACCUUUCUACUCAUCUUCCCUGCACGCCUGGGUAAGCUGAGUGCUGUUGGAGC